AGUCGUAGAGUUUUUAUCUCGGUACACCUCACAUUGUAAAAACUUGUGAAAAAUGGAAUCCCCCGUGUCUUCCGCCCUGAAACCCAUUUACAAGGUGGGCAAGUACUUUGGGCUGCUCCCAAUACCUCCAAAAUUUUUAUCCCCAUCUCCUCCCACUACCACCGUCCCCACAACCACCAUCCCCACCACGACCAUUGUCUCUCGUCACUCCCAUCUCCUCCUCCCCCUCUACUCAGCCUACGUCCUUGUGUCCAACUUGACAGUGUUGGGAUUUGCUAUCGUCAUCUUUUUUAGAGAAUUGUCCUCUCCCGAUCGAAAUUUGGUAGAACAGUUUCUCGACAUGGUGUACCAUUCGCAUAUUUUGAUCACCAUCACCGUUUGCAUACACCAGUCAAGGCACAACAUUUCCGAAAAUCUGGCCGAUUGGAAUAAACUCGAAGUACUUUUUGAAACUUUUGAAAAUUGUGGAAAUAGCAAUCCUCGCGAAAGCGUGUCAUUUAGAAAAUCAAUAAAUCUACCAACAUCGUUUGCCGACUUGAUCGAAAUUCUCCCCCGAAACGAUCAGAAAAAGCAUAACAAAUUUAUCACCCUGUCAAAAUGGCUGACAGUGAUAUACGUUGGGGUCAUCUUUGUCGGAGCGGUGUCAUAUUUCAUUACAAUUUCUAUUAAUGAAAAUACAUCGUCGAUCAGUUCCUAUUUGGACGAGGCAGCCAAGAUCUAUGUGAUUGAAGAAUGGUGCACUUGGUGGAGUGGAAUUUAUGUCAUUUUUAUCGGUCACACAAUGGAGUUAAUUUGGGCCUAUGGCGACAUGCUGUUGGUUCUAUUUUCGCUAUGCAUGUCCUACCAAUUCAAGAGAUUCAACCGGAUUGUGGAGAAAGCAUGUACGAGACAGAAAAUCGGGAAUAUUCAUCCCAGAGAUAUCGAAGACUUGAGACUGUUUCAUUGGGAAAUUGCUAAAGUUAUCAAGAAAACCAAUAAAAUUCUCUCCGUGUUAACCAGCACGGUCUUCACGUGCAACAUUUUGUACUUGUUCUCUCGAGUGUUUAAUGGAAUCGAGGCAGAUCUCAAGCAUCCGACCAUAAUUGCGACAAAGUUUUCGUCUGAGACUACAAAAAGUUUUAAAGUACUGGAUGCAAAAGGAGACGUCACUAAUUCAGAAACUGAGUAUUUAUUGAUGGAUCGUUUCUGUAUUCAAGUGCUAACAUCCAAUUUAGCCAUAUCAGGGAGCGGGUACUUUCAACUGAAUCGUGGAUUCAUAGCUACAUUAGUGAGCGCUCUGAUAACUUAUGAAGUCGUAAUUCUCCAAUUUUCUGUUGCAUCGAGAGUAAAAUUGUCCAAAUCAGGAGUACUAAAUACAACAAUGAUGCCUGUAAUACAAUUUCUUAAUAAUGUGAAUGAAACGUAUUCUCGGUAAAUAUGUACUAAUUAAUUUAAUAGGCAUUUAAUAAUGCCUUCUCCACAAGAAUAUUUUUCCAACCUGCUAGCUCAGAGCUCUACAAGUAAAAUGAAAUGUCAUCGUGAUUACGCUAACAAUGCACAUGUCAGACAUGUUUCGCACGGAUCUUCUUGA